GAGCGCGCGCGCCGGGCGGCGGGGAAGCUGCGGCGCGCGGCUGGCGCGGGGCGGGAGGGAGGGAGAGGGUGCCUUCCCUGCGGUGGGGCAUCUCUCGGGUACCGCCGCAUUUGGGGCUCUGCAGGAAGGGCCGGGGACCGAGGUGCCACAGGCACCAGGCCGGCCGCGGAGGGGGUCCCUGCUGCCUUCCGAGUGGGGUGUCCUUGCAGGGCCGCCCCCAUGUUGCGUUUCGCGACAUGUUUCCCGUCCUUCCGGGUGGUGGGAGAGAAGCAGCUGCCACAAGAGAUCAUUUUCCUGGUCUGGUCACCCAAGCGGGAUCUCAUUGCUUUGGCUAACACGGCAGGCGAGGUUUUACUUCAUCGACUUGCAAGUUUUCAUCGAGUUUGGAGUUUUCCACCAAAUGAAAAUACAGGAAAGGAAGUGACCUGUCUGGCUUGGAGACCAGAUGGCAAACUUUUGGCCUUUGCUCUUGCUGACACCAAGAAAAUUGUUUUGUGUGAUGUAGAAAAACCUGAAAGCUUGCACUCGUUCUCUGUGGAGGCUCCAGUUUCUUGUAUGCAUUGGAUGGAAGUGACCGCAGAGAGCAGUGUUCUAACAUCCUUUUAUAAUGCUGAGGAUGAAUCAAAUCUUCUCUUACCUAAACUUCCUACGUUACCAAAAAAUUAUAGCAACACCUCAAAAAUAUUUAGUGAAGAAAAUUCGGAUGAAAUUAUUAAGCUUUUGGGAGAUGUCAGGCUCAAUAUUCUUGUCCUUGGAGGCAGUUCUGGAUUUAUUGAGCUUUAUGCUUAUGGAAUGUUCAAAAUCGCUCGUGUGACCGGGAUUGUGGGUACUUGUCUUGCAUUAUGUCUGUCCAGUGAUUUGAAAUCAUUGUCAGUGGUCACAGAGGUUUCUGCCAGUGGUGCUUCAGAAGUUUCAUACUUUCAGCUUGAAACCAACCUGUUGUACUCUUUCUUACCUGAAGUUACUCGAAUGGCCAGAAAGUUUACUCACAUUUCAGCACUUUUACAGUAUAUAAAUUUGUCACUAACAUGUAUGUGUGAAGCAUGGGAAGAGAUACUGAUGCAGAUGGAUUCUCGCCUCACCAAGUUUGUGCAGGAAAAGAACACAACCACAUCAGUGCAAGAUGAGUUCAUGGACUUGCUGUUGUGGGGAAAAGCAAGUGCUGAACUUCAGACCCUCUUAAUGAACCAGUUAACAGUAAAGGGCUUAAAAAAACUUGGCCAGUCUAUAGAGUCAUCAUAUUCCAGUAUUCAAAAGUUGGUUAUAAGUCACUUACAGAGUGGCUCAGAGUCUUUAUUAUACCAUUUGAGUGAACUGAAAGGAAUGGCUUCAUGGAAGCAAAAAUAUGAGCCUCUUGGACUCGAUGCUGCAGGAAUAGAAGAUGCUAUUACUGCAGUGGGUUCUUUCAUACUCAAGGCGAAUGAACUUCUUCAAGUUAUAGAUAGCAGUAUGAAAAACUUCAAAGCAUUUUUUCGGUGGCUUUAUGUAGCAAUGUUGAGAAUGACAGAAGACCACGUACUUCCUGAGCUGAAUAAGAUGACUCAAAAAGAUAUCACAUUUGUUGCUGAAUUUCUUACUGAACAUUUCAAUGAGGCGCCAGACCUUUAUAAUCGAAAAGGAAAAUACUUUAAUGUUGAAAAAGUUGGUCAGUACUUGAAAGACGAAGAUGAUGAUCUUGUAUCCCCCCCUAACACAGAAGGGAACCAGUGGUACGACUUCCUUCAAAACAGCAACCACCUCAAAGAAAGUCCUUUGCUGUUUCCUUAUUAUCCUCGAAAAUCAUUGCAUUUUGUGAAAAGGCGGAUGGAGAACGUUAUUGAUCAGUGCUUGCAAAAGCCAGCAGAUGUAAUUGGAAAAUCAAUGAAUCAAGCAAUAUGUAUUCCAUUAUAUAGAGAUGCUAGAAGUGAGGACUCCACACGGAGAUUGUUCAAAUUUCCUUUUCUGUGGAAUAAUAAAACUUCAAACCUACAUUAUCUUCUUUUUACUAUUUUAGAAGAUUCCCUUUAUAAAAUGUGCAUCUUAAGGAGACAUACUGAUAUUUCCCAGUCUGUAAGUAAUGGACUAAUUGCUGUUAAAUUUGGGAGCUUCACAUAUGCCACAACUGAAAAAGUGAGACGAAGCACCUACAGUUGUUUAGAUGCACAGUUUUACGAUGAUGAAACGGUAACAGUAGUUCUUAAAGACACCGUAGGACGUGAAGGAAGAGAUCGACUCCUGGUCCAGUUGCCAUUGUCUGGGGUGUAUAACAGCGAAGACUCUGCAGAAUAUCAGUUCACUGGGACUUACUCUACCAGGCUGGAUGAGCAGCGGAGUGCUAUUCCCACCCGGACCAUGCAUUUCGAGAAGCACUGGAGGUUACUGGAAAGUAUGAAAGCCCAGUACGUUGCUGGGAAUGGUUUUCGAAAAGUGUCCUGUGUGUUAAGCUCAAAUCUCCGUCAUGUGAGAGUGUUUGAAAUGGACAUAGAUGAUGAAUGGGAGCUGGAUGAGUCUUCAGACGAAGAGGAGGAGGCCAGUAACAAGCCCAUAAAAAUAAAGGAAGAAGUGUUAUCUGAGUCGGAAGCAGAGAACCAGCAGGCCAGUGCUGCUGCUUUAGCUUCAGAGACGGUCAUUAAAGUAGAAAAACUUGACCCUGAGCUAGACUCCUGAUGUUCAGAAAGGACAUAGACGAUGGACCAAGAUGACCACUACUUAACUUUUUUGUGUGAAAUAAAAACAGUAAAUUUUUAUUUUACUUUUAUUCUGCUUCAUCUUCUCUUAGUGAUGUACCACCAUGAUAAGACUUUCUUUUUGCUGAGACUUCUUCUUAAUGUUGUGUGCAGAACUAGUGUCUGUCACAGGACCUGUGACAGAAGCACAUUAAUAUUUCGAUAAUAUUAGAGCAGAAAAUCACAUUUGAACUCGUAGGAAUACUUGGAUCAGAAAUUCUCAGUCGUUGAAGGGUUAGUGCUAAGAAUGAAUCGUGUAUGUGGUGGGCAAUCAGUGUGUUUCACGUUUUGAGUGAACUUGGGCAGGAUUUCCCAUGAAGCACAUACACCACCACAUCAAAAUCACCUGGGCCAGAGAUUAAAAAUGCAAAUACAUGGGUGUUACCACAGGCCCAUUUAGAAUGUGAUGACUGGGCCCAGGCCUGCUUUUUUUUCUUUUUUUUUUUUAGAGUGGCACCUAUGGGAUAUGGAGGUUCCCAGGCUAGGAGUCGAAUCGGAGCUAUAGCCGCUGGCCUACACUACAGCCACAGCAACACAGGAUCCGAGCCGCAUCCACAACCUACAUCACAGCUCAUGGCAAUGCCAGAUCCUUAAGCCACUGAGCGAGGCUAGGGAUCGAACCUGAGUCCUCAUGGAUGCUUGUCAGAUUCGUUUCUGCUGAGCCACAAUAGCAACUCCCAGGCCUGGAGUAUUAUUAUUAUUUUUAAUAAACUCACCUGAUCUUGUGCCCACCAAGGUUGAGAACCAUUAUUUUCCGCAGAAGCUAUUUUUAGUAAUUAGGUAUUCAUUAUUUUUUAGUUGUAAGUCUGCUCCCUUAGAUGCAUUGAAAAUUGAUAGAUUUUUUUCUUUAAAAAUAACCCUAGUAGGAGUUCUCUUGUGGCACAGUGGGUUAAGGCCUUGUCACUGCAGCAGUUCUGGUCACUGAUGUGGCACUCGAUCCCUAGCCCGGGAACUUACACACGCCUCCAAUGCAGAAACAAACAAAAACCUAACUGGUGGUGAAUUUCACCUGCAAGGUGCCCACACGUCCAUAAAUCUGCUUCGAUGAUUGAUGGUGGGCCUAAUGGUGCCCCAACUCUUUGUGCACUGAGGGUGUAGGCCACCUUUCAGCCCUAGGAAGGUCAUGUUCAGUGGGCGAUGCUGAGUUGGGUCUGUGUGGGCCUCGUGUUUUGGUACAUAGUCCAUUUCCAGUCAUAAAUGUCCCCUUUCUCCAGGUGUGUGCAGUCAGACGGAACUCAAAGUGCCCCUAGACAUGUAGUGUGCUGUGUGGUUACUGCUGUACUGACAGUAAAACUGUCCCAUGUGUGACUAAAUGACACCGUGUGUACCAGCCUGAUGGAUGUUUUAAGUAAUAAAAUUAGGAGAUACAUUUGUA